UCGCUAUCUUGCAAAGGCUGCACGCACCUUUCUCCUUAGAAAUUCAUUCCGCGCUACAAGUCGCAUACAUACCUACGUACGUGAAAAUGUCACUCGCUCAACUUUCCAGUAACUUCUUUCUCUUCGCGAUCUCCGGCUGUCGUUGGUUCUGUCUUUCUGUCGAAAUAUUUGUGGACACUGGAUCUGAACCAGCCGCGUAUGUCUUUGUCAUACUACUAGUUUCCUUUGUUCCUGUUUGCAUCCACGUGGGGCGUGAUACCGCUUCUAUAUGGCGAUUUUACUUUUUCUUCUGUUUGUAUAGAUGGUCAUUGUGUUUCAAUCCACUUCUCAAUUCUUGGGAGUCAUUUCUGCACAAGGAUUCAUUCGUUCGUGUUGUUCAAGCAAGCGACCUCGUGCUUGUGCUUAGAGACAGGACACAGUUAGAUCUAUCGUAGAUGGACUUCGUAGGGAUGAGCCAGAAGUCGAUGAAUUCUAGGUAGGACUGUUCCACCAUUCCCGGGACAUUGUUGGUCGAAUGAUCAUUAUAUUUACA